CUGCCACAAAUCCCACACCGCCAAUCGACGAACCUAGCGCAACUCGAGAUGGCUGGUACGAGGAUGGCCGAGGGCCUUUGCAUCGCCUGCAAGAGGCAAUGGACCUCUCGCAACUGCGCCUACUGCGGCUACGACUUUGUCUGCUCCAGGGACUGCGAGGAGAAGAUGAUGUUCUGGGACGGGCAUCGCGAGCACGUCCUCGCCUGCCGGGAACUCUGCCGGCGGCGCCCCAAGACCACCGCCCGGACUAUGUUCGCAGCCUUCCGCGGUUGCAGGUCUCCCACCGAUCCCCGGACCGCCAAGGACUUUGGCUUCGACCGAUGCUUGAGCAAUCGCGACUCGGUGCUCCUACGCAGCGUCUACAUAACCCUCGUCAACAACAUCGGCGUCAGCGAGCGCGAGCUCGACAUGUGGGUGAGGGAGAAGACGCUUUACGCGAACAUCAAGGCUGAGUUCGAAGCCCAGCCCCACAAAGUCCGUCCACCGUACCUCGCGUGA